GAAAUUGUGAGAGAGAGAGAGAGAGAGGGAGGAAAAGGUCUGGGAAAUUUUGAGAGAGAGAGAAAGAGAGAUGUGUUCAUCUUCGUCUGAGGAAGAAGAUGAAGGGAUCGAUUCUUACAGAAAGGGAGGAUACCAUGCUGUUAGAAUAGGGGAUCUCUUCGGUGGAGGCCGAUACAUUGCCCAAAGGAAGCUGGGUUGGGGGAAUUUCUCUACCGUCUGGCUCGCCUUCGAUACUCAAUCCUCUACAUUUGUUGCUAUUAAAAUCCAAAAAAGUGCGGUGGAAUUCGCUGAAGCCGCACUUCAUGAAAUUGAGGUUCUCACAGCAAUUGCCAAUGGCGAUCCUUCAAAUUCCAAGUGCAUCAUUCGAUUAAUCGACCAUUUUAAGCAUGCCGGCCCGAAUGGGCAGCACACCUGCCUGGUCUUUGAAUUCCUUGGCGAUAGCCUACUUCGCUUAAUUAAGUACAAUCGUUACAAAGGCCUCGAACUGAGUAAAGUUCGGGAGAUAUGCAGAUGGAUCUUGUUGGGUCUUGAUUAUCUGCACCGAGAACUUGGUAUAAUUCACACAGAUUUGAAACCCGAAAACGUCCUUCUUGUCUCAACCAUCAAUCCUUCCCAAGACCCCAUUCGGUCUAGGGCUUUGCCAAUCCUUGAGAGGCCCGAGGGCAAUCCCAAUGGUGGAGCUGUCACCAGUUUGAUUGAGAAGAAGCUGAAGAAAAGGGCAAGGAGGGCGGUUGAGAAGAUCUCAGGGAGGAGAGAAUCAAUAGAAGGGAUCGCGUUUUCACCGCAGAAGAAGAGCUUGGAAGGGAUUGAUCUUCAGUGCAAGAUUGUAGAUUUCGGGAAUGCUUGUUGGUUUGAUAAGCAAUUCACGGAUGGUAUUCAGACAAGGCAGUAUAGAGCACCUGAGGUUGUUAUCGGGUCUGGGUACUCCUUUCCUGUUGAUAUGUGGUCUUUCGCUUGCAUAGCUUUCGAGCUUGCUACUGGUGACAUGCUAUUUGUUCCAAAGAAUGGAUCGGGAUUUGACGAAGAUGAGGAUCACCUGGCUCUUAUGAUGGAACUCCUUGGAAAGAUACCUCGGAAGAUUGCUAUUGGCGGUUCUCGAUCCAAGGACUUGUUCGACAGACAUGGUGAUCUUAAGAGGAUCAGAAGGCUGAAAUUCUGGUCACUAGAUAGACUUCUGGUCGAGAAAUACAAAUUUAAAAGCACUGAUGCAAGUGAAUUUGCUGAGUUUUUGCGCCCCCUCCUCGAUUUUGCACCAGAGAAGCGGCCAACUGCAGCAGAUUGCCUACAACACCCAUGGUUCAAUAGCAGAAAUCCAACAUUGCCAAAUGCAGAAAAUAAAGAAAAGGGACUUGAAAAGUUGGAGAUUGGGAUGAGCAAGGUGCAAGUUGGGGUGGCUAAGUGAAGGAUGGGUUGAAAGCCUUGGAGUAUUUGAUGCCCUUGCAAAUAUCUAUUCUCCAAUUUGGGUUGUGUUUGUGAUUUGUUUUAGGGCUGUAAUGUUUCAAUAAGAUUAAUUUGAUUGAUGAAGGUGUGUUUGGAUUCGCAAUUGACUCAAAUCGCACUCCAAUGGCAAAAGUCGUAAUGACCAAAAUGGGGCUAGCCCCAGUCCUGUCAUAAUGAUGGAAUAGCCCCACAUAGUAACCACAAUUGUUUCAGGUCCAACUUGAAGCACAUGGAAAUUGCAAUUAGGGGUUUGGUCUUUGUUACUGGACAUGGCACCAACCCCCCUUUUGGGUUUUGGCCAUUUCUUCUUAUAUCAGAUUUAUCAUUGCAAUUCAGUUCAAUUGAGCAUCCAAACACGCCCUAAAAUUUUAGAAGCGGCGAUAUCAUCAUCAGGAAUAGUUUGGAGCUGAAUGAAUAAGUCACAUGAAGUACAGAACUCCAUUAGCAUCAAUGGACUUGCGCCGGUGUAAGUAUAUGCCACAAGGAUUCUCGAAGAUGGCAGCAAUUUUGGAGGGGAAGGGAUAGAUAAGUCGCCCCACAAAAUGGUUGUCUUGAUUUGAAAAUGCAAUGCCUAUUCCUAUCCAAGGAAAAGGAGAUCUCAGCCAUUAAAGUAUGGGCAGUGUUUGGGCCUUUUUGGAGGAUAACCCAUGUGGGUAAUGUGAAGCUUUUUGCCUUUUAGAAGGAGAGAGACCUUAGUGGGUGGGGUGCCUUUGCUGUAUAUGAUUGAGAUGUACACUUUGAUGUGUCCUAUAGCUGUUGCAAGUUCAUCACCAACAAAGAGAUGCUUGACUUGUGAGGGACUUCAUUCAGGUAACUCUAACACCUUGUGAGCUUUUUCUUUUCUUUUCUUUUUUCCUUUAUUUGAACACUUGAAAGGGAAAUGAUCAUGUAUUGCCUUUUUUUUUUUUAAUUAUUUUUUUUUUUAAAUUUUAAACUGACUUUGGUAUCUAGAAAUAAUUGAUUUUUAUUAUUGAAAAUUUGUAUAUAUGGCUUUGAGGUAUGGAGUUAAUUUUCUCAAUCCUCAGCUGUUUUUCUGAUAAUGCUAUCCACAAAAUAUUUAAGCA